AAUUUUACAUUUCAAAUACUUGCCAAAAGUGACAUUUAGCAGCUCUGAAGCAAGUCAAAAAAAUGGUCAAAAUUGGAAUACAAGGUUUUGGACGAUUAGGUAGAAUUUUAUUGAAAUUAGCCUUCCGUAAGGCACAAGAGAAAGGAUGUGGCGACGUCGGUACAGUAGUUAUGGUGAACGAUCCCGCGAUAAACCCGGAUUGCCUAGCAUACGCUGUGAAACAUGAUUCUUUCUAUGGGAAGUCAUCAAUAGACAUUGUAGAAAUGGGAUGUUCACUCAUGUUGAAUGGUGUGAGGGUUGAGAUAACCCAAGAACCCAACAUUGAAAAGAUCCCUUGGGCAAAAAAUAAAGUAGAUUACAUUAUCGAUACAACAGGACAGAAUUCAAAUUGUCAGAAUGCAUCGAAAUUUUUAGUAGGAGGAGUAAAAAGGGUAAUCGUGACGGGUUGCUCAAGUGUACCAAUUUUUAUUUUUGGCGUAAACCAAACUUGUUAUGAGCUAGAUAUGAAAGUUGUAUCUGCGGGAACUCCUUGCAUGAAUGCACUGCUGCCUCUGUUGAAAAUUCUUCAUGAACACUUCAGUAUCGAGCAAGCAAUGUCAAGAGUCAUAAGGCCUGUCACCAACAGUGACAAUAUCUUAGAUGGGACUACAGGGCUUUCUUGUCGAGGUACCAGAUCCAUCCUUAAUACGUUCACACCGAUUGUUCCCUUCACUACUCCAGAUUUCGUUAACAGAAUUAUACCAGAACUUGAAGGAAAAAACGCAAGUACAGCCAUCCGCGUCUGUGCACCAAUAGUUGGUGCCGUCAGUUUGACUGUAAGGUUAAGAAAAGAGGCAACCUACGAUAUCAUAAAGUGUAGAUUGAAGGAAGCCUCAGAAUCGUAUAUGAAGGGAAUCGUAGGAUUUACAGAGGAAUCUGCGACCAGUAGUGAUAUGAUUGGGAAUACGAACUCCUGCAUAGUGGAUGCAAAGUCAGGAAUUUCAAUAGACAAGCGUAUCUCAAACGUUUAUGCCUGGUACGAUUCUGAACUUGGCUUUGCCAGCAGAAUUUUUGAUUUAGCAAGUUAUAUGGCUUCUAGAGAAGGUUGUCCAUCUGAUUCCAGAGUAUAAAUGCAUUCGGUAUUGUGUAUUAUAGCAAAAAUAUAUAUUUUACCUACAGA